CAGGUUUAACCCUGUAAGAUAUCCACAAAGAUGGCCCUUCUUCCUUAUCUUUUCGAUGAUGAUCUUUUUCGGCACCGAAAGCUAUCACAAUGGAUUGAUUCGGAUGAACUUCUUGGAUGGCCAGCUAUAUUGCCAAAUAGAUCGUCUCAGCACCUACGAGAUUUAAGGAAUAGUCUUGCUCAUUAUGAUCAAGGGACUGCCAUAUCUGACAAAAAAAAUCAUUUCGAAGCCCACAUUGAUGUUCAACAAUUCAGGCCUGAAGAAAUUAGUGUCAAACUAAUGGAUGAUAAUUCCAUUAAAGUUGAGGCUAAACAUGAAGAACAACAAGAUGAUCAUGGAUUUGUUUCUAGACACUUUGUACGUCGUUACCUCCUGCCGAAAGACUGUGACACGACCAAAAUCGAGUCUACUCUCUCUUCCGACGGAAUUCUUGAAAUCAGCGUACCAAAAAAACUUAAAGAGGAUGACGUAGAUGGUCAAGAAAUCCCCAUCAUCCACGUGGGAAGACCAUUAAUGCAUAUUAAGAAACCACACUUAUGGCCAAGUCGACGUGGAGACAGAAAAAGGAAAUUAAGCUGUUCGAACUAAGUUUGUACGGUAUUUACCUUUCUUACAUAUCUUUUGCUAUUUUGGAAAAUAUAGUUUAAUAGUACGUGUAGUGUUUAUAAAAAAUUUGUACUAGUUCUACUUGUGUUUUUUAAGAAUUAUUAAUAUUAAAAAGACUAUUAAACAUUCCUUAUUCUAUUGACUGGUGUUAUGCCUUCUUCCAAAUUACUCAUCAGUCUCUUAAUUUAAUUUUAACAAUAUUUAAGGUUUUAUCAACUAGCACAUUAUUUAAAAACUACAAUGUCAAAACUUACCAAAAGUUGAUAUGGGUUAAAUUAAACUGAAUGGUUAAUUAUGAAAAUUAUUCUAAAUUACUAAAAGACCCUACAGUAAAAAUAAAACGCCAACUUAAUAUAAAACAAAAAUUAAUUUUUAGAUAUUGAUAAAGUUGAAUAACUCCACAUAAUAGCAAUAAUACCAAAUUUUUAUGGUUUACCAAAAAAAAAAUACAUAAACCAAAUUUUCCCUUUAGACAUUGAUUAUUGAGUAUUGCAUAAAUUCACUUACAAAUUAUCUAGUAAACUAUUUUUUAAAUAUUUUAUUUCUAUACACUAAUUAUUAUUCUUUUAUUUUGUGAUUUAUUCAUUAAAAACUCACAAGCUAUUAAAAAAAAAUCUAUUUUGAUAGAGAAUCUUUUUACUGAAAAGUAAAAAGACUUACAUUUUCAUAAGAUUAGAUUUCAUAAAGAUUGGUUUUAGCCUAAAAGUACUACCAAAAAUUCUGAAUAUCUCCAGGCAGUCCCAGUUUCCAAACUUUAAAUAUUUUUAAAAUUAAAUUUGACCAGUGACGGCUACAAGGAGGGGGCACAGGAGCAUAAACGCUCCUAUUUUUUUCAAUAAAAUAAAAUUAAAAAUAUUAAAAUUAAUAAAAAUAAACAGAUAACACUAUUAAACUCCCUCGUAUCAUCGUUGGAUUUAUUUUUUUUUUGUGUUAAAUAUAAAAAAUAAUAAUGAAUAUUAUUAAAUAAUAUUUUAGAAAAUGGAGAAUCGUCCUUUAACGAGAAAUUGAAAAGUUAGGUCGUCCUAUGCCCGAUUAAAGAAAAAAUAAUGGUAAUAAAAUAAUAAUGCAACGGUAGUAUGCAAAUAUUGCUUGAAUGUUUGGUAAAAUGUAUACAAGAGAAUAAAGAUGGGAAAAUCACAGCCGACUUGGCUUAAGUUGCGAAAUGAUAACAUCGGCAACAUGGCUUUCAGAUCCGUUUUCAUUUCAGUUCUCAUGGGACUUGGAAUAGAGAUCGUUUGAAUCCGUUUUUUAAAUUUGAAUUUUUAAGUUAAAUUUCGGAAAGGAAAGUGAAUGUAGUUAUUAUUAAGAACUUACUAAAUCUUAGUAACAUCUCCCAGCCAGUGUCGGUGUGUUAUAUACUAUAAAAAGUGAUAAAUGGUUAUAAAGAUAAACACCUUGAUUGGAAACAGAAACAGGUGGAGCCGGCCGGGCUUCUUAAGUGGAUCAUUGUGCUAUUUAUCGAUUUUCAAGUUUAUUUUACAUAUCACUUUUAAGAUUUUUGUGUAAGAGCACAUUAUCCGUGUGAUUUGGAAUUUUUUGUGAAUAUCAUGUGUUCCACUAAAACAAGAAACUUAUGCCUAAGAGUCGAGGUUAAUAGGUAGGUAAGGUUUUGUUUUAUUUACAAACAUAUUUGGAGAAAAUCUGAUAAGGAAUUCCCAUAGUAUUAGUAAAUGUAGGUAAAUGUAUUAGCUUUAUUUAUAUAUAGGAAUUCAUUGAAGAUUUUUUUUUGCCUUUUGAAACAUGCCAAGUCCCUGCUGUGCUCCCGGAUGUAAAUCUAAUCACCAAAGGAGUUUAAGAGUAGGGGAGGCAAGUAUUUCUGUUUUUGGUUUCCCCAAAGGUGAACAACUUAAAAUUAAGUGGCUAAGAGCCAUGCCUAGAGAUAAUUGGGCUCCUACUUAAUAUUCUGUGGUUUGUGCCAAGCAUUUUGACCCGAAUGAUAUUAUCCGUGAAAAUGAUUAUCUUUUACCUGAUGGCACACUCACUAAGAUUAGAGUUAAAGCAAGAUUAGUUUGCUCAGAAGUGCCUCAAAUUUUUUCAAACUUACCUGCAUAACAAAAACAGUGCCUCUUCCUAGAAAAAGUCCAGACGAAAAAAAUAGUGAACAACAAAAACAUUAAGAACGUGCCUCUGAACAACAUGAUUUCAUAACAAAUUUUUGAAGAUUUUAUGGGUAAUUAUUCCCAAAAAAUUCUAAUAUCUGACCUAUGGGAUGUAAAAAUUGUUGGGGAUACAAAACUAUAUUUCUAUACUUUAAACUUGAAUGCUUGUAUAAAUAUUAUUAAUCAAAUUUCAAUAGAUACAUGAUAAAGUCUUUUUAAAAAACAAUGAAUUGUCCCAAAAUGACCUACAAUGGCUUUUACCUUUCGAAUUGAAAUUAAGUAGGUGGUCUCGACUCGAAAAUCUAUUAACUAGGUAUAAGUCUUCUGAUUAUUGUGACCUUAAUAAACCAUACUCUUUAUCUCUAGAGAAGUUUCAUGACUUCAUUAACCAAAAUUCAGAUUUCUUAAAACAGGCGUUAAAUUGGAAAGUUCUGAUUCACACAACUUAGAGGAUGAAAAAGAUUUGACAUUUGAAGACCACAGGGGAAAAAGAGGGAAUGUCACAAAAUAAAAAUACUGAGAUAUAUCGAUUUUAAAGUUUGGACCUUCUAAGAUUCUUUGACUUAAAAAUGAAAUGGUUGAGAUAUGUCAAAUAUUAUUUAUUUAACUGUCUGUUACACGUAUUCAAAAGCAUUGUAUUUCAAAACACAUUUCAAUACAAAAAAAAAAAAAAAAAAAAAAAAAAAAACUUGCAAUUCUCCAUAGCAAAAAUGAGGAAUGUCCAAAAAAAAUCAAUUCUCAAAGUAAAAAGGGGUAAUGUCCAAUAUAUCGAGGUUUCAUCUAUCAUAGUUAUAGUAUUUGUUCCAUAUUGAUUUAGGACCUAAAAGUAGAUAAUAUUCUAUGAGUAAUAGCAAUAAACUAAUCAAAGGAAAUAUCUUACCUUCGUAGUUUUAUUGCUGCUUUUUCUUUUUGUUUUUAGCGGCAUGAGGUAACUUAUCAUAAUAGUUUUAAGCUUCUUGAGAACAGAACACUUUCAGAGCUGGCAAAUCUUUAAAAUUUUCCUCGCUUAUUGGGAUUAGACCUGAAAAUCGUAUUCUAUGAGUAAAAGUUUUAUAUUUAAAAAAAACUUACCUUCAUACUUUCGGUCAGGAUAUAAAAAUACAUCAUUUCGCAAUACAGCAUAAAUUCUCGUUUGUAUAGGUGGUAGUACUGAGCUUUGUUCCCAACACCCAUUUUAGGAACAUCUAUGUGAAGCAAGUCGGGGGGUGCCUAAUUGUAACUUCCAUUUCCCUCACAGGGCGUAUUGCGAACGGGCAAUUUUUCUUUUAAUUCAGCUUCACAAAAAAAAAAUCCCAGUUUCUUAUUAUAUCGUGGCCCUCUUCCAGGUUUUCGACAUGAAAUGGUGCUGGCUUAACUCUGGACAUUUCUUCGACCCAGUGUCUCGGCAGCUCAGCAGGGUGUUUUUGGUUCAGAAGAACCAUGUUUCGGUCGCACUCUAAAUAAGCGUGCCCCCUAAUUGGAAAAGUUAUUUAAAAAGACUCCAGUCUUUUUUGGAUAUGAACAAUAUAAUGCAUGUAUUUGAUCAUGUUAUAGUUUUUAUUUUGACCCCCACACGAGUCGCAAAAUACUUCAAGGUGUUUUAUCUGGGGGUCAAGGUAAUUUUCAACAAAAUGAUUUAGCAUUGAAAGAACUUCGUUACUUCCCUUUGCAGCCACUGUUUCUGGAUAUAGGUAAGAGACGGACUCACCACUUGCUAAGAUGUGAAUGUUGAACAGGUACACAGAUAACUGUUUCUUGUAGUAAACAUCAUUCGUUGUUUGGAACGGGUACAUUCUUUUGGAAAUCUAGACAGAUACCUUCACACUCUUUAUCUUUCUGGACCUGGUUCUUGAAAAUUUUUUCGGUCGUAAAAUACUUGGGCCUUUAUUUUGUGGAGCUUAUUUUCAUUCUUCAGUGUUUCAGCAAAGAUUUCUGUAUCUCGGCAAGAACUGAUGUAAAAGUUGGCAUAUUCUUAUUAUUUUCAAGUUUUAAUGUUAAAUCUUUUUUUGUUGCAGUAUAUUGAUCACAAACACUACAGGUGUCUUUACGAGGGUACCCGAACGAUAUGUUGAAUUUUGUAUUAAAAACAUUUCUAUAGAACUCGUAUGAAACAGGAUGAUUAGGAAAUUUGUUUUGAUAUAGCUUAUACAUUUUUGCAAUACAGUAUAACCUCGAUUAUCCGAAUCAUUAAUUGCAAGUGCCCGUUAGUAUGAGCAAAAUGUUCGAUAAUUAAGUUUUACAUAAAAACAUGUUUUUGUUGCAAAUUUCUUUAUUAAAAUAUGUAUACAACCUUUAAGCAAAACAUUUCAUGUCAGUUUACAUUUUUUUAUAAACAUAUAAAUAUGUAAACACCUUGACACAAAAAAAACACUUAUUUAAAAAAAUCGGUAUUUUUUUUUGCUUUAUAGCAUUUAUUGCCAUUUGGUUUUUUCUUUAUUUCUCAUUUCCUCCAAUAGAAGGAUAUGGUGUUGAGCUUCUCCAUUAUUAUUUGCUCACUCUAUACAUUUAUCAAAAGAGGAUACCGCUUCAUUAUGCGUUAUAGACUUGGUAGCUAUGAGCCCAUGUUCUUCUUCUGAAUCUUGAUCUUCCUCAUCCAAAUUUAUUAUAUCUUCUUCGGUCAUUUUUUCGACUGUUUCUUCUUUUCCUACAGCCCACUGUUGUAUUUCCUCAUCAGCUAAACCUAUUUCAAUUUUUUUUGAUAGAUCUAUGAUUUCACCCAGCUCUUGAUGAAAAAUACCUAUUUUUAAGCGAUUCGCUAAACUAGCAAGAGAUAUUAGAUCUUCUUCAUCCCACUCCUGUGCAAUCAAAUUUGGUGGUAAGAGCGAUUUCCAAGAUCUUCUUAACAAGCUUUGAUUGACAUUUUGCCAAGCUUCAGCCAGUUCGGCUACGACAUCCUUUAAGGUAAUUUUUUUUCAAUUCCGCCGAUAUAUCUCCUGGUGUUUCAACAUUUUUUUUUUCCGAUAGUACAGUUUGACUGCUUGAAUUACGUGUUGAUCCAUUGGUUGGAUCAAAGGAGUGCAGUUAGGAGGUAAAAACAUUACACACAUUUGUUUAUCCUCGCUGGAUAAAUUUUCUGGAUAGGUGCAUUAUCAAGGAGUAGCAGUGCUUUUUCAGGUAAAUCCAAGUCAUGCAUUUUUUGACGUACGGCGGGGACAAAGCACGUGUGAAACCAUUCUGUGAAAAUUUCUCAUGCUUUUUUUUUGACCCAUGUAAACUACAGGAAUGUAAUGGCUUUUAAAUGAACGUGACCUCUUUGAUUUACCAAGAACCAGUAAUUUUAACUUGUGGCUACCUGAAGCAUUUGAACAAGGCAUAAUUGUUAUCCGUUGUUUAUUUUGUUUUCUGUCUGGAGCUGAAUUUUCCUGGUUAUGAUCCAAUGUUUUUUGAGGCAACAUUUUCCAAAAUAGCCCACUUUCAUCAGCAUUAUAAAGUUGAUGGGCAUUUAAGCCUAACUCCUUAAUUUUAUCAUGAAGUUUUAGUUUGAAAGGAUCUACUGCAGAGAGGUCACUGGAAAGUUUUUCCCCGGAAAUAGAAAGCUGUCGAAUUCCAAAUCUCUGCUUAAAAUUUUGGAGCCACCCUGAGCUAGCUUUAAACGUAUUAUUACCAUGCAGUUGCUGGUAAAAAUACUUUGCCUUUUCACAAAUAAUUUCCCCAGACACUGGUGUACCUGUAAUUUAAUUUUAAAAAAAUCGUAAGUUUGAGAAACAUUUAUGCAUUGUUAUUUUACCUCUAGACCUCUCCUGCAAGAACCAGGUGUAAACCGCCUUCUCUACGUCAGGAUUAGCACUUAACUUAAGACUCUUUCGAUUUCCAAGGCCACUAUCCAAGCUAGCAAAGUAGGCCAAAAGUUUUGUGCGGUUCUUUAUAUCACAGAUCGUAGAUUUACCAACACCAUACUUAGUAGCUAAAUUUGACAUUGUCACCAGCGUCAAUACUUUUUAAAAUUGUGACCUUAUCACUCAACUUUAAACAAAUGCGUUUUCUCUUUGACAUAUUUGCAGUGCAUAUACCUAAUUGUGUUACACUCAGGAACAUAGUCUUUUUAUUAAACACUGUAUGUACUAAAACCAUCUAGAACAUGUACGUAACACGCCGCUUAACGUGUCGUGUACCCAUCCGCUGAUCUAUCCAAAACUAAUGAACAAAACGACCAAAGCAAACACCCGAGAAACUGACGAGUCGAGACCUGCAAAUUGACGCCACUGUUCGGUUAAUCAAGAGGGUUCGGAUAAUGACCAAAAAUUUGUUGGUUCGGCUAAUCGGAUAUUCGGAUAAACGCGUGUUCGGAUAGUCGAGGUUAUACUGUAUUAAGAUCUUCACUUAAAUAAAGACAAUCUGAUUUUUUGAGGCCAUAAUGGCUUUUGUUUCCCUGAAAUGAUUUAGUAUCGGUAACCACAUUUUCAUUCGUCUGGUCAGAAAAUUUUCUAGGUCGAUUUAAAUACUUAUCUCUCAAAUCAACAGGGGCUUUACCCGAUGUUUUUAGGGAUUUUUGCAAAUAUUCUAAUUUGGUUUUUGUAAUCCCAUGUAUUACCAAAAAUGCCUUGUAGCACACAUCGACUUCUAAAAUUGCAUUUUCUCUUACCACUUUGACACUAUAUGUAUAUGAAUUAUCAUGUAAUAGAGCUACAUUUUCAUCUUUUCGAGGACGUCUUCUUUUAAUAGAUUUACAUCUUAUCAAACCACAUAAAUGUAAAUUUUGUUCAUUGUUUGAUGCUAAUAGAUUAAAGUUCUUCAAAAGUGUCUGCCUUUCUUCACUACUGCUUUUCUCGAAACAUCUCAGUCUUUUACACUUACAGUCAUUUCCUAGUUCAUGACUGCUUACCUUUAUUUUCUUGUUUACAUCCGUAAUCCGUCCAUGUAUCUUUCUUUUCUUAAACUUUUCACUGUGUUGCUGCUGCUCCCGCUGCUCACUAUUUUCAUUUUCUUCCAUGAUGCACUUUUUACUUUUAUAUUUUGUACAUUAAAACAUAACCUUAACGCUGUAAACUGCAAAAAUAUGCACGAAAAAUAUUCACUUGUUUACUCUUAGAAAGCAAAACAUAACUAAAAUUAGAACCGGUAAUAUGCAUCGUAGCGAUCUGUGGACAUUCCUUGUUGUUAUCAUUUUGCCAGUGGACAUUUCUUGUUUUUCCGCGUUAUUUUAGACGCGGCUACUAACGGACUAUGCCGUGAUCUUCUACAGGAUAUGUGUUUAUAAUAAAAUAUAGACGUUCUUCUAGUAGAUGGAGACGCUAACUCAAUUUUUGAUAUAUUGUGACAUUCCCUCUUUUUCCCCUGUGGUCUUCAAUUAAAUGGCUAAAAGCCAUACCUAGAGAUACGAGGGUGAAUCAAAUAUGAACCGGACUUUGGUUUUAGUAAUUUUAUUGGUACAGUAAAUAAAAGUUUGAACACAUGUUAUUUUUCUACAUAAUCUCCUCUCUUAUUUACGCAUUUUUCCCACCGGAUCGGAAGUUUUUUAAUUCCUUCAUCAAAGAAUGAAGCUGGUCGUGUCAGUAACCAAUUGCGCACAAACGUUUCCACACCUUCGUCGUCGUCAAAGUGAUAACCUCCCAAUUCUUCUUUUAGUGGCCCAAACAUGUGGUAGUCACAUGGUGACAAAUCGGGACUGUAAGGCGGGUGUUCAAAUCGUGCCAAAAGCCUUUCACACACGGCAAGACGGUUUGCUUUCUGAUCUUCCGUCAAAAGGCGAGGAACCCAUCUUGCACACACUUUGCGGUAACCCAAAUUUUCUGAAAUGAUUGAUUGAGCACUUCCGUAUGAUAUUUCGACGUGUGCAGCAAUUUCCCACAAUGUAAGGCGGCGGUCACCUUCAAUCAGCUCACGGAUCGCACGAAUGUUCGCCUCAUUGAUGCUUGUCCUGGGUCGGCGUGCAUGGCUCUCGUUUUCCACUACCUCUCGGCCAUCGGAAAAUUUUUUGUGCCAGUCGUAGACUUGAGUCCUUGAUAAGGUUUCAUUACCGAACUGUGCAGUUAGUCGACGCAAAAUUUCGGAAGGUUUUACGCCCUCACGCGACAAAAAUUUUAUAAUAACGCGUUGCGCAACAGACGUGUGUACCUCUUGUUCAGACAUGAUGCUACUAACAGCUCAUCUACUCCGGUGCGCCAAACCGACUGACUCCCCUCCUCUUGACAUCCCUAUCUAGCAUAUAUCAGGACGUCGCGCCACUCGCUUCACCUAUGGCGCGCUAAACAGAAAAGUCCGGUUCAUAUUUGAUUCACCCUCGUAAUUGGGCUCCUACUCAAUAUUCUGUGGUUUGUGCCAAGCAUUUUGACCCGAAUGAUAUUAUCCGUGAAGAUGAUUAUCUUUUACCUAAUGGCACACUCACUAAGAUUAGAGUUAAAGCAAGAUUAGUUUUCUCGGUAGUGCCUCAAAUUUUUUCCAAAUUUACCCGCAUAUUUAACAAAAACAGUGCCUCUUUCUAGGAAAAGUCCAGACGAAAGAAAUAGUGAACAACAAAAACAUAAAGAACUUGCCAAUGAAGCCUCUGAGCAACUUGAUUUCAUAACAAAUUUUCAAGAUGAGUAAUUAUUCCCAAAAAAUUCGAAUAUCUGACCUGUGGAAUGUAAAAAAUUGUUGGGGUUACAAAACUAUAUUUCUAUACUUUAAACUUGAAUGAUGCUUGUAUAAAUAUCAAUAGAUAGCGACCUACAUGUUAAAGUCUUUUUAAAAAACAAUGAGUUGUCCCAAAAUGACCUAAAAUGGAUUUUACCUUUUGAAUUGAAAUUAAGCAGGUGGUCUCAACUCGAAAAUCUAUUAACUAGAUAUAAGUCUUCUGAUUAUUGUGAGCUUAACAAACCGUACUCUUCAUCUCUAGAGAAGUUUCAUGACUUCAUUAAUCAAAAUUCAGAUUUCUUAAAACAGGCGUUAAAUUUAUUGGAAAAUUCUGAUUCUCACAACUUAGAGGAUGAAAAAGAUAGUGACAUUUGUAAUCGAGUAAUACUUUUAAUAGACCAAAUAACUUUACUUAUUUUAAAGCAAAAACGUUAUUGCCCAUCAACUAUAGUAAUGUCUUUUAUGUUAUAUAUUAUAUCCACUUGCGAAUAAAAAAUUGCUAAGAGAUUAUUUUAAUCUACCCACCAAAAGGUAUUUAUUAAUUGAUGAAAUUUAUAUAACUAAAAGACUAGACUAUAGGGGGAAAAAUCUAAUAAUGCAUUUAUAUAAUUAUUAACGGCGCCUAUACAUAUUUGAAACGAUAAAUCAAUCACAUAAAUAAAAUAUUCUUAUUUGUAAAUAAAGCAAAAUCAAAAUUGAACGCCCAUCUUGGCAGAGCCGCGCUUUCAAAGCGUAAACGGAUCCGAAUCUCCCACGUGGUGCGACGUUGUCAACUGUUAUUUCGCGGCUUGAGUAAAGUCGGCUGUGGGAAAGCAAUGUCAUCGUCAAAUGGGCUUAUACGUAAUUUAAAUUCAGGUGAUUUUAAUUUCCUUUUAGAAGCCCUUCAUCAUAUAACUCCACAAGUCAAAAUCCUAAAAUUGAUUUAUUAUUUCAAUAUGCUAACAAUGAAAAUAAUGAACAAAUUCAUAAACGACAACGUAUUAACUUGCCAAUUUACAAGACACUUAGAUAUGUUUCAGAGCUAUAAACUAACUACUAUUUCCCAAAGUCAUUUUUAAUGAAACAAUUAACGUAGUAGCGCUAACCUAUUUAUUAAUAGUGAAAAAUUAAAGUUCAAAUUUACGGUUAUAUACAGUAGAGAUGAUCUGUAUGAUAACUGAGAUAGCACUGGUAUUCUUUAGUUUUUUCUUUAUUUGUAAUAAAAAAAAAUUAAAUUAUUAAAAAAAAAGGUUUCUGCGAAACCUACAAAUUUUUAGAAAACUAUUUGUACUCAACAUAAUGAUCGGGAAAGAUAUUUUUUAACUCCAAAAAGAAUUAAUUGUUUUUGAAAACGCUUUGAAUAGAAUAAAAUUGUGCAGUUUUUCCAAUAUUUUAAAUUUUGACAAUAAAGCUAUGAAGUAUUUGCUGCCUAAAAAAUAGAAGAAUAAAUUUGAAAUAUAAAUUAACAAUCCGAGAUAAAUAAACAUUGCAAUUUGUAGUUCUUAUACUUUAAAUACUUUCUUUUUUCUAUAUUCGACUUCACCCGGCUUGAUAAUGGAAGGGUUCAAAGAAAUGAAUUUAACUCGGUGCAAAUUCAGAGUUUUUAACAGGACCCAAAUGCUCCAAAAAUGUUUUUUUUUUUAAAUAACGUUCGGUGCAGAAUGUGUCUCAUUUUAUGUUACCAUUUACUUACGCGGUCCAGAUUAAAAAUCUACGAAUUAUCCGCCACUGAAUUAGAGCAAUAAUAUUUUGGCAGAAGGCACAAACACUAAAUGUUAGUACUGUUUUAGAAUUUCUAAUUUACAAGUACACUGUAAGGAAUACCCAUUUAUAUAACUUAAAAACAAAAUAAUUUUUAUGAUUUAUUUAAUUUUUUGAAGUUAUUUUGUCGCCAUACUUCUGUAUUCUUGUCAGGUAUACACACAAAUAUUUGCUAGUAUGUAUUGGCAUCAAUUAUCGACAGUAAAUAAAUACUGUACA